AUGACGAAGACAGCAAACGACUGUACUGCGUCUAUCACCACCCGUCCUAUCAUUAUAUCCCUAGGACAGAUUAGAGUCUCCAUUCCAGUCAGCACUUGUCACGAUGAGUGGAUCUGCGCAGAGGUCCUUAGAGAUGAAUUCGCCCACGAGCAAUCCCUUGUAGACGCUGUCGACACGACAGCCCAGGUCGAAAAUUUGGCGGAGGCAACCGUCGAGCUUACCGCCCGCUUCUUAGGAUAUAUUGCCGAGCAUCUCGACCAAGAUACCGAAGCACGCACCCUUUUGCUGCUCAAUGUUUUCAAAUUCUUCACACACACGCACCUCGCAGUCCACGACAUCCAUUCUCUCGCGUCUGCAUACGAUACUGAGGUUCGCAAAGUCGUCCUCACCUCUUACUACAAAGCACUUGCUGCUCUUCGCACUCGUGACGUUGCCGACAUUCCUGCAGGACCUCCGUCUGCACUCCUGAAGGCUGCCGCUGACGGCAAAGCUUCCCUCUACGCUUUGUUUGGCGGUCAAGGUACAAACGAGGUUUACUUCGACGAGCUUCAAGCUCUCUUCGACAUCUACCGGCCCUUUGUCGAGCCGUUCAUCCAAACUGUUUCGCAGACCGUUCUCCAACCUCUUGCUCUUUCCCAAGCGUCUACCGCGCUUUACGCCUAUGGGCUCGACGUCGCGUCGUGGCUUUCCGACUCUUCAUCCCGUCCAUCGACCGGCUAUCUCGCGUCGAUUCCCAUCUCUUUCCCCCUUAUUGGGUUGACCCAACUCGUUCAAUACCUUGUUGCAUGCAACGUGGUCGGUCUGACGCCGGGCGAGUAUCUCAAGCACAUUUCUGGCGCGACUGGCCAUUCCCAGGGUAUCGUUUCUGGUGUUGUCGUUGCCGCUUCCACCACUCUCGAGUCCUUCCUCGAGAACUCUAAGAAAGCCCUCAAAUGGCUCUUCUUCUCCGGUCUCCGGGGACAUCAGGCCUUCCCUGUUGUUUCUGUCGAGCCCAAAAUCGUAAACGAUUCAAUCGAAGGCGGGGAAGGAACUCCUAGUCCCAUGUUGUCUGUCACCGGUCUUUCAUUGAAGGACCUCGAGCCCCACAUCAAGAAAACCAACUCCUAUCUUGCCGAUAACUCCAAGCUCUUCGUUUCUUUGCACAAUGGACCUCGUGCGUUCGUUGUCACCGGCCCUGCCCGAUCCCUAUAUGGUCUCGUCACCAAUCUCAGAAAGAUACGCGCACCUUCCGGAGCAGACCAGAGCAAAGUUCCCUUCUCCAAGCGCAAGCCUGCCUUCAACAUCAGAUUCUUGGCCGUUGGCGUCCCUUAUCACAGUGACUAUUUGAAGGGGGCAACAGAGAAGGUUCUUGUCGAGGACUUGGCUGGAGAGGACUUGUGGACUGUAGAGGAUCUCAAGGUCCCCGUCUAUAACACGGAGGAUGGAUCUGAUCUCCGCAACCUGAAGACCUCUUUGACACGGUCUCUCUGUGACCAGAUUUUCACAGCGCCUAUUCACUGGACGAAGGCAGUUGAUUUCCCUGAGACUGCAACACACGCCAUCGAUUUUGGCCCCGGUGGUAUCAGCGGGAUUGGUCCUCUUACUGCACGCGAUCUUGAUGGACGUGGCGUUCGUGUUGUUGUUGUCGGUGACCGCGCCAAAGGUGAUGCAGAGCUUUACAACUCUGUUGAAGUCAGGUACGAGGACUGGUGGGCUAAGGACUGGGCUCCUGCAUUGGUGAAAUCAAGCGACGGUGUUGUGCAUCUUGAUACGCCGUUCUCUCGUCUUCUCGGCAAGCCUCCCAUCAUGGUUGCUGGCAUGACGCCAACGACCGUGAAGGCCGGUUUCGUCAGCGCUGUUCUCGAUGCCGGAUAUCACAUCGAAUUGGCUGGUGGAGGCCACUAUAACGCUGCCGUUCUCCGUGCCAAAGUUGCCGAGAUUCGUACGAAGAUUCCUGACGGUGUCGGCUUGACUUUGAACGCGUUGUAUAUCAAUCCUGCACAGUUCACCUUCCAAUUCCCUCUCUGGCAGGAGAUGAGAAAGGAGGGCCUUCCUAUCGAAGGAUUCUGUGUCGCAGCUGGUAUCCCCACCACCGAGAAGGCCGUUGAGAUCAUCGAUAGUCUGAGGAACGCCGGUAUCAAGCACGUUUCCUUCAAACCAGGCUCCGUCGAUGGCAUCCGGCAGGUUGUCAACAUCGCCGCAGCCAAUCCUGACUUCCCUAUCAUCCUCCAGUGGACUGGAGGUCGUGCAGGAGGUCAUCAUUCCUACGAGGACUUCCACCAGCCCAUUCUUGCGACUUAUCGCGCCAUUCGUCAACACCACAACAUCAGCCUCGUCGCCGGCUCUGGCUUUGGAGCGGCUGAUGAUGUAUGGCCCUACUUAACUGGUCAAUGGUCUGCAGAGCGCUUUGGUAUGCAGCCAAUGCCCUUCGAUGGAUGUUUGUUUGCUAGUCGUGUCAUGGUGGCCAAAGAGGCUCACACGAGUCCUUCGGUCAAGGAUCUCAUUGUCGCUGCGCCUGGUGUCGACGAUGACGCGUGGGAAGGCACGUACGACAAGCCCACUGGUGGUAUCCUCACUGUCCGUUCAGAGUUGGGCGAGCCUAUUCAUAAAGUAGCCACGAGGGCCGUCAAGUUAUGGAGAGAGUUCGAUGAUACAGUAUUUGGCUUGCCAAAGGAUAAGCGUGCAGCUUGGCUGCUUGAGCGGCAUGACGAGGUCAUUGCUAAGUUGAACAGGGACUUCAACAAGCCUUGGUUUGGAUGGAAGAAGGACGGAUCGGUUGCUCGUGCGCUUAGUGAUAUGACCUACGAGGAAGUGUCGCUGCGUAUGGUUCGCCUUAUGUUCGUCUCUCAUCAGUCGCGUUGGGUCGAUCCUUCCUUGAGGAACCUUACCGGUGACUGGUUGCGGCGCGUCGAGGAGCGUUUCGCCGGAGUUAAUGGCGAAUCGAACAAGCCAUCAGUGUUGCAAUCAUACUCGUCUUUGGAUGAUCCUUUGCCUUUCAUCCAGUCGUUCUUCCAGACUUACGUUGGUGGUACGACACAGUUGUUAGCGGCAGAGGAUUCGGCAUUCUUCCUCGCCAUCUCCCAGAGGCCUGGACAGAAGCCCGUUCCUUUCAUUCCUGUUCUUGAUGCUUCCUUCGAAUUCUGGUUCAAGAAGGAUUCUUUGUGGGCCGCCGAAGAUAUCGAGGCUGUUUUCGAUCAAGAUCCUCAGCGUGUGUGCAUCUUGCAGGGUCCCAUGGCUGUCAAGCACUCCAAAGUCAAGGAUGAACCCAUCAAAGACAUGCUCGGCAAUAUCAACGCGUCUCUGAUUCAACGCGUUCUUGAUUCUCGAUAUGGUGGCGACCUAAGCAAAGUCCCUGUCGUCGAUUAUCUUGCGCCUCGUCCCUCAGCAACCGUUGCCUGCCCCAAGGUCAAGAUCUCGGAUGCACCUGGAUGCCGUAUCUACGAAUUCGGUUCUAGUUUGCCCUCUGCCUCAGUGUGGUUUGAGACUCUUGCUGGUCCUCAGCUUAGCUGGUUGAGAGCACUUGUGAUGUCUCCCAUCAUCGUUCAAGGAUCUGAGUACAUUGACAAUCCCAUGCGCCGUCUUCUCAUUCCUCGAGCGAACCAGAAGGUCGUCGUCUCUUCAUCAUCCGUUUCCAUCUAUGGGGCUGCUCGUUCCUUCGGUGAGCACAAAUCAGAGUUCAAGGCCGUAGAGAUCCAGUUCGACGAUGCUUCCAAACUCAUCGAUAUCAAGUUAUUCGAGGAUCGCCAGAAUUCCUCGGUCCCUCUCUCUUUACAGUUCCGGUACAUCCCGUCAAUGGGCUUUGCGCCUAUUCAUGAAAUUGCGAAGGGAAGGAACACUCGCAUCAAGGAGUUCUACUGGAAGCUGUGGUUUGGUGAUGAUAACUCAUUGCCAGAGCUUGACGUAGGCGAUGUUUUCACUGGGCCGGAGGUGAUCAUUGAGGCUGCGGCUGUUGAGCAAUUCUGUGCCGUCGUCGGCAAUCAAGCUGAGUCCUUCAAGACUGCUCGCAAGGACACCAUUACGGCGCCCAUGGACUUCGCCAUUGUCACGGGGUGGCAGGCCAUCAUGAAGUCGAUUUUCCCGGCUUCGAUCGACGGCGAUCUUUUGAAGCUCGUGCACCUGUCAAACGGUUUCCGCAUGGUCCAUGGAGCCCGACCUCUCACAGUGGGCGACGUUUGUCAGGCAACUGCUCAGAUUGUCUCCGUCACCAAUGCUCCUGAGGGCAAGACAGUCAAGGUUAAGGGUACUGUUCAGCGAGACGGUACACCCGUCGUCGAAGUCGUCUCUGCUUUCCUUUACCGUGGCCGCUUCUCUGACUAUGAGAACACUUUCGAUACCUCUGAAGAGCCGGAUUAUGUCGUCGAGAUUACUUCCGAUGCCGAAGUUGGUGUUCUCCAGUCGAAGGAGUGGUUCGAGUGGGACGACGAGACUCGGCCCCUCCAGCCCGGAACGUCGCUCAUUUUCCGCCUUCAGUCUCACGUCUCGUUCAAGGACAGGACGAUGUUCCGUGAACUCACUGUUUCUGGAGAUAUCUUCAUUCGCAACCACCUCAAGCAGAUGAUCAAAGUCGGGUCUAUCGAUUUCCAACAAGAAAAUUGUCACGGAAAUCCCGUCCUCGCCUACGUGCAACGUCAUGGCAAAGCCGACGAACUUAUAUAUACCCUCCCCAAUGAUGGUUACACUAUGACUGAGGGCGAUACAACUUUCAACGCACCUCUGACCAAUGAGCCUUACUCUAUGGUUUCCGGAGAUUUCAACCCAAUUCACGUUAAUCCUUAUUUCUCUUGUUAUGCGUCGUUGCCCGCCACGAUCACCCAUGGCCUGUGGAGUAGUGCGGCUACCCGCCGUUAUGUGGAAAGUGUCGCGGCUCAGGGUCAUCCUGAGCGUGUCCAUUCGUACAAUGUGUCCUUCGUUGGUAUGGUGUUGCCUGGUGAUGAGCUUAGCGUUAAGCUUCGCCAUAUCGGCAUGCGUGACGGCAACAUGGUCGUGAAAGUGGAGACUUUCAACUCCCAGGGCGAGAAGGUUCUCGAUGGUACAGCUGAAGUGUCCCAGCCCCGCACUGUUUAUGUCUUCACUGGCCAAGGAUCCCAAGAACCGGGCAUGGGGAUGGACUUGUACAACACCUCCGCCGCUGCAAGGGCUGUCUGGGAUGCUGCCGAUGCCCAUCUCAGCGCUGUUUAUGGAUUUUCUAUCAUCGAGAUCGUCAAGGAGAACCCCAUGCAAAAAACCAUUCACUUCGGUGGUAUCAAAGGCCAGGCUAUCCGACAGCGAUACAUGGACAUGACGUACGAUACCAUAGGUAAAGAUGGGACCAUCAAGACACUCCCCCUUUUUGCAGAUAUCGACGUCCGUACCCCGAAGUACACCUUCAACCAUCCAACCGGUCUGCUCUAUGCUACUCAAUUCGCCCAGAUUGCGCUUGUUGUGACGGAGAAGGCUGCGUUCGAGGACUUGCGUGGGAAAGGGUAUAUUCAGCGCGACUGUCCUUUCGCCGGCCAUUCUUUGGGUGAAUAUGCCGCUCUUGCUGCUAUCGCUGACAUAUUCCCUGUGUCAUCUUUGGUGGAUGUCGUUUUCUAUCGUGGAAUCACCAUGCAGCGUGCUGUGGAACGUGACGCCAUGAACCGGUCGAACUACGCCAUGUGUGCUGUCAACCCUAGUCGCAUCUCCAAGACCUUCAAUGACACCGCCUUGCGCGAAGUUGUUGAUAGCAUUUCUAAGAUUACCGGAUUGCUCUUGCAGAUCGUCAACUACAAUGUCGAGGGACAACAAUAUGUCUGUGCGGGAGAGUUGGUCACAUUGCAAACAAUGACCAAUGUUCUCAACUAUCUCAAGAUAAAAAAGAUCGAUGUGCAGCAGUUGGCAGAGAAAUUCUCUGAGGACCAAGUUAAGGAAAUGCUCGGCGAAAUCAUUAAAUCCUCCUACGAAAAGGCACUUGAGCAGCAAAAGACCCAGGGCUACAUCACUCUCGAGCGAGGCUUUGCCACCAUUCCGCUCCCAGGCAUCGACGUUCCCUUCCAUUCGCGUUAUCUUUGGGCUGGCGUGAUGCCUUUCCGAGCCUACUUGUCGAGGAAGAUUAAUCCCCUGCAUGUUAAUCCUGAUUGGCUAGUUGGACGUUACAUUCCCAAUCUGAUUGCAAAACCGUUUGAACUUUCGAAGGACUAUGCGCAAAUCAUUUACGACCAGACCACUUCUCCUGUUCUUGAAAAGGUUCUGAAGAACUGGGACCAGGAGAAUUGGGGAGGCGUGGAGCAGCGGUCGAAAUUGGCGUACGUCCUCAUGGUCGAAUUGUUGGCCUACCAAUUCGCGUCCCCUGUCCGUUGGAUCGAAAUCCAGGAUCGUCUUUUCGUCGACUAUUCGUUCGAACGUUUCAUUGAGCUCGGUCCCUCCCCUACCCUCACUGGCAUGGCCACCCGUACCUUCAAAGCGAAGUAUGAAGCAUCCGACGACGCUGUCUCCCACACGCGUUCUAUCUUCUGUAUAUCCAAGAACCAGAAAGAUAUAUACUACAGCUUCGAGGAUGAAGUUGAAGAGGAAACGGUGACUGAAUCGGUACCGGUCGCUUCAUCUGCCCCUGUCGCGCCUGCUUCCGUGGCUGCUCCCGCUCCUGCUCCCGUUGCCGCUCCCAGUGGACCUGCUGCUGCUGUCGAAGAUGCUCCUAUCAAGGCUCUUGAUAUCCUCCAUGUCAUUGUUGCCCAGAAACUCAAGAAGGCAGUGAGCGAGGUUCCCCUUUCAAAAUCUAUCAAGGAUCUCGUCGGUGGCAAGUCGACUCUUCAGAAUGAAAUAUUGGGUGAUCUGCAGCUAGAAUUUUCGUCGGCGCCGGAAAAGGGAGAAGAACUUCCUUUGGAGGAGCUUGGCUCUGCACUUUCCUCCGGCUUCGGAGGAGCGUUGGGCAAAUACACUUCUGGUUUGGUGUCUCGGAUGAUUGGUGGCAAGAUGCCUGGUGGAUUUAAUUCUUCCGCUGUGAAGGCACAUCUUUCGAAGUCAUGGGGUCUGGGUCCGUCUCGUUCAGAUGGCGUUUUAUUGUUGGCAACUACGAUGGAACCGCCGAAGCGGCUGGCUUCAGAGCCUGAGGCGAAGGUCUGGUUGGAUGGUGUGGUCGCUGUGUAUGCUCAGAAAUCAGGCAUCAGUCUGUCCGCUCCAAGUGCUGGAGGUGGAGGGGGUGGCGGAGGUGGUGGUGGCCCCACCAUCAACAGCGAAGAGUUCCUCAAAUUCCAGGCGGAUCAGGAGCAGUUUGCUGCGCAACAUAUCGAGCUGUAUAUGCGGUAUCUCAAGCGCGACUCUCGUGCCGGUGAGAUUGCAUUCGACAAAGAGAAGGCUCAUUCGGAGGAACUCCAAGCGAAGUUAGACAGUAUCGCCAAGGAGCAUGGAGACACCUAUAUUGACGGAAUUCAGCCUGCCUUCGACCCAAUCAAGGCCCGUCACUUCGACUCCUCCUGGAACUGGGCGCGCCAAGAUGCUCUUCUCAUGUAUUAUGACAUCAUCUUUGGCCGACUCACCACCGUCGAUCGCGAGAUCACUGCUAGCUGCAUUGCUAUACUGAACCGUGCUGACCCCGACUUGCUCGCGUUCCUGCAGUACAACAUCAAUCGAUGCGAUCCAAGCAAGGGCGAAACCUACAAGUUGGCUAAAGAAUUUGGCCAGCAGCUUAUCGAGAAUGUUCGUGAAUUCUUGUCCCAGCCACCGGUCUAUAAGGAUGUUACCUUCCCCACCGCCCCUCACACCGAAGUCAACUCGAAGGGUGACAUCGUUUACUCCGAAGUAGUUAGGGAGAACGUCCGCAAACUCGAAGCUUACGUCGAGGAGAUGGCGAGCGGCGAUACCGUCUCUGGCGCUGUUAACAUCCAAAAGGUUCAAGAUGACGUGUUGAAGCUUUGGACCAUCGUGAAAUCCCAACCGGAGAUUAGCGAGGAACAAAAGAAUCACAUCAAGGCCCUCUACGAGGGUGUAGUGCGCUCUCUCCGUAAGGGACCUGAUCCCCGUCCUUCCCGUGUCCGAAAUCGCCGUGCUUCCUCUCAGUUCACUCGCCCUCAAGUUUCUGGAAUCUCGUCUGUUUCCGCCGAUAAAGUGCCUUUACUUCACCUCAAGCGCAAAGUAGGUACGACCUGGGAGUACAGUAGCAACCUCACGAGCGUUUAUCUCGACAUCUUGCAUGAGAUCGCCACUGCCGGAACGACUUUCAAGGACAAAAACGCUCUGCUCACUGGUGUCGGCAAAGGUUCCAUCGGCGUGGAGGUAGUCAAAGGUCUUCUAGCAGGUGGUGCACAUGUUGUCAUCACGACAUCCCGGUACAACCGUGCCACCGUUGAGUACUACCAGUCAAUCUUCCACUCGUGUGGUAGCCGUGGAUCUGCCCUCACUGUCGUGCCAUUCAACCAGGGCUCAAAACAAGAUGUGGAGGCUCUCGUCGACUACAUCUAUGCUAAUCUCGGCCUCGACCUUGAUUUCAUUUUGCCUUUCGCAGGUAUCCCGGAGAACGGCAGAGAAAUCGACGGCAUUGAUGACAAGUCAGAACUGGCUCAUCGCAUCAUGUUAACGAAUCUCCUUCGUAUCAUGGGCGCUGUCAAGAACAAGAAAGCCAGCCGUCGCUUCGUCACUCGUCCCACCCAAGUUAUCCUCCCUCUGUCGCCCAACCACGGGCUCUUCGGUAACGACGGUCUGUACUCUGAGUCCAAGAUUUCUUUGGAGACCCUGUUCCAACGUUGGGCGUCGGAAAGCUGGGGGGAAUAUUUGUGCCUUGCAGGUGCUGUCAUAGGAUGGACUCGGGGUACUGGUCUCAUGGGACCAACAAACAUCGUUGCCCAUGAAUUAGAGUCAUACGGCGUCCGCACAUUUUCAGCGAAAGAGAUGGCGUUCAACAUUCUUGGCCUUAUGCACCCUCUGUUGUUCAGCAUCACUCAGGUCGAGCCCAUCUGGGCUGAUUUGAACGGUGGGAUGGACCGUCUUCCCGAUCUUGCAGAAAUCACUGGACGUAUUCGCGCCAACCUCAAUAAGAAGAGUGACCUGCGUCGGGCGAUUGCUCGUGACAAUGCCGCUGAUUACAAGGUCAUCAACGGCGCAGAAGCCGAGCGUCUCAUUCAAACUGUCGAUGUCCUUCCUCGAGCGAACUUCAGUUUCGACUUCCCGGCUCUCGAGUCAGUGGAGAGUCUUGGCGAUGUUUCUAAACUUCGAGGCAUGAUUGAUCUCGACAAGGUCAUUGUCAUUACAGGUUCGGCUGAAGUUGGUCCCUGGGGUAGUGCCCGAACUCGCUGGGAAAUGGAAGCAAGGGGCGAAUUUACGAUUGAAGGUGCCAUCGAGAUGGCGUGGAUGAUGGGCUACAUUAAGCAUUUCGAUGGUCGCUUGAAGGAUGGAUCCCUCUAUGUUGGCUGGGUUGACAGCAAAUCCGGCGACCCAGUCGAUGACAAAGACAUCAAAGCUCGUUACGAGAAGGAUGUCCUCGCUCAUGGUGGUGUUCGUCUCAUUGAACCCGAACUUUUCCGCGGCUACGAUCCGAAGAAGAAGGUCUUCAACCAAGAAGUCGAGCUUAUUCAUGACCUUGAGGCUCUCGAAGUGACGGAGGCGGAAGCCAUGAAGUUCAAGUUGCAGCAUGGUGAUAAGUGCGAUAUCUGGGCCGGUGAAUCAGGACAAUGGUUCUUCAAGCUCAAGAAGGGCGCCUGUGUCUUCGUUCCCAAGGCUUUCACCUUCAGCCGAACCGUUGCUGGUCAGGUUCCGACCGGUUGGUAUGCUGGCCGUUUCGGCAUCCCAGAAGAUAUCAUUGCUCAGGUAGACCGCACUACGCUUUGGGCGUUGGUCUGUGCUGCCGAAGCAUUUAAUAUGUCCGGUAUCAUCGAUCCAUACGAGCUCUACAAGCACAUGCAUCCUUCGGAUGUCGGCACUUGCUUCGGUGCAGGAUUGGGUGGUCAAGAUUCCAUGUGCAAGAUGUUCAAGGAUCGUCGCGACGAGAAGGAAGUCCAGAAUGAUAUUCUUCAGGAAACAUUCAUCAACACCGCCGCGGGUUGGAUCAACUUGCUCCUUGUAUCGUCCAGCGGUCCGGUUAAGAUUCCUGUUGGUGCUUGUGCCACUGCUCUCCAGUCCAUGGAAAUUGCUCGGGAUACCAUCUUGUCUGGAAAGGCCAAGAUCAUGAUUGCUGGUGGUUACGAUGAUGUCAGUGAAGAAGGGUCAUACGAAUUUGCGAACAUGAAGGCGACAAGUAAUGCCGAUACUGAAUUUGCCAUGGGUCGUGAGCCGACGGAGAUGUCUCGCCCAGCUACAAGCACUCGUUCUGGUUUCAUGGAAGCUCAAGGUACCGGUCUCCAUAUUGUCAUGAGCGCCAAGACCGCUCUUGAAUUGGGUUGUCCCAUCCGCGGAAUUGUUGCCUUUACCUCGACUUCGACCGAUAAGGCCGGACGAUCUGUUCCUGCUCCGGGGCGUGGUGUUCUCACUAUAGCAAAGGAAGUACCAUCAAAGCAUCCUCUACCUCUGCUCGAUAUCAACUAUCGCCGUCGUCAACUUACGUUCCGCCGCUCGCAAAUCUCCCAAUGGCUUGCCAAUGAACAAGAGCAGCUGCGAGAAGAGGUCGAGUCGUCCAAGGCCCAGGGACAGCCUCUCGAUGAAGAAUACAUUGCGACGCGGGUAUCAAACAUGGAGAAAGAAGCUUCUCGACAAGAAUCCGAUGCACUUGGCAUGUAUGGUAUGCUAGAAGGCAAUGAUCCAAGCAUUGCACCCCUUCGUCGUGCUUUGGCUGUUUGGGGCUUGACUGCCAAUGAUGUUGGUGUUCUGUCUAUCCAUGGUACCAGCACGAAGGCGAACGAAGAGAAUGAGACUCAUAUUUGGAACACGGUAUUCCAGAACCUUGGUCGUACUGAGGGCAAUGCCGUUCCCAUCAUGGCACAAAAGAGUCUUCUUGGGCAUGCGAAAGGCGGUGCCGCCGCUUGGCAGAUGUCCGGUGUUCUUGACACAAUCAACACUGGCAUAGUCCCGGGUAACAGGAAUAGCGACAAUAUUGAUUCCCAUUUCAUGCACCGUACCUUCCUCAUGUUCCCGUCGAAGUCGAUUCAAACCGACGGAGUGCGCGCAGGGGUCAUGUCUUCAUUCGGUUUCGGUCAAGUUGGUGGAACAGCUCUUGUCAUUCAUCCUCGCUACCUCUUCGGAGCUCUUGAUCCUGCAUACUACGCAGCUUACAGAAAGCGCAACAGCGUCAGACAACUCGAGACUUACAAAGUCAUGAGUGAGAUGAUGAUCAAAAAUAAUCUCGUCAAGAUCAAGGAGAAGCCACCUUACACUCCUGAGCUCGAAGACAAAGUUCUCACCAAUUCUUUGGCUCGAUCGUCAGCCGAUCCCCAGACUGGCUCGUACUCGUUCUCUGCGAAGCAGCCCACCCAGGCUCCUAUCGACGACUCCAACCUCAAGGCGGUCACUCAGCUUUUGGAAUCAAAACCCGCUCAGGGUGACUUUGCUGGUAUCGGUGUUGAUCAAGAACUCAUCUCAUCCGUACCCUCGCACAACCCCACCUUCGUCUCCCGCAACUUCACCGACGCUGAGAUAGCAUAUUGCAAUGCUCAGCCGUCUCCGUCAUCUUCCUUUGCUGCACGCUGGGUAGGCAAGGAGGCCGUGUUCAAGUCAUUGGGCGUGCCGUCGAAAGGUGCUGCUGCGGCAAUGAAGGACAUCGAGAUCGUCAACGACAAGGCCACGGGUGCACCGGUUGUCUCCCUGUAUGGUGAUGCCAAGGCCCAGGCUGCCGCGAAAGGCGUCAAAAAUAUUUUGAUCUCUUUGAGCCAUUCAGAGACUGUUGCCAUUGCUUUCGCUCAGGCUUUAAGGUCAUAAUCCAGGGAUUUCGUAGAAUUUAUUAUUGUCAUGCAUCGCUUAUCGGUUUCUCUCUGUCUGUACUGCACAUAUAAUCAGUUUCUUCACGCUUACAAU